AUGUCCCUCAAUAACCCCUCCCACCUUCUCAUAUCCCGCAACCCCCCUCGCUCUCCUGCCCAUCCCCAGCUCGAUCCUACUCUGACAUCUCGCCACCCCGGCGCAGCCUCCUCCCCGCCUGCAACCACCCUCGGCCGCUGGGUCUACGAUGAUACGUUCACGGGUCAGCGUCCGAGCGGGACCUAUAAUGACACCACAGACGACGAAUAUGAGGAAAGUGAGAGCGAAGACGAAGGCCCUAUAGAGGUGCAUCCGACAUUCCAGAGAGGCGCAGAGCUGCCGGGAAGAGUCAAGGUGGUCGUAGGAAAAAACGAGUUUUGGUGUCACAAGGAAGUCUUGUGGUUUGCGAGCCCAUUUUUUGAGGGCUUGCUUCUCGGAAACUGGGCAGAGUCCAAGCCUCGUCCACCUUCACCGACUCUCGCGCCGCCUCUGAAUCCGCCUCCAGAUACCGACGGUACUCCAAGUGUGAGAGGCUCUACAGGGCACGAGCAAGCCAUGGAUCAAGAGCCCGAGACCAGGGAUCGAUCAUCAGUAUACCAUGACCCAGAUGGUCAAGCCUGGAGUCUGCACUCUCAUUUCGAUCAGCUGGCUGUAGACCCAUCGUGUGAGGGCCUCUUGUCUGUCUCUCAAGGAGAGUCCCCGAAACCAGUCUCACCAGCAAAUACGCCGAUCCGGACCCCUCGACGAGCCCGAGACAGAAUCGCCCUACGAGCGUCUUUCUCUAGCAGUCUGCAUCCUCCCCACGCUGUGCCCGACAGACCCGCGAGCGAUUCAGAGUACGCCAUAGCAGAAGUGGAACUUCAUGAGGAGAAAGCAAGUGCUUUUCAAGACUUUCUUUACUGGGCGUAUCCCCAUCUGGAAUGCAAAGUCACCUGGACAAACGUUGCUCCUCUUCUGUCUCUGUCCACCAAAUUGAUUGUGCCCACCCUCCAGAAACAAUGUUCCCAUUUCCUUCUCACCCAUGCUUCCGGCCGACCUGUGGUGGCUCUGGCAUUGGCAGAGCAGUAUGGGAAUGCCGAGCUGUUCCGGGAAGCCAGUCGUUUUGUUCUCGAUCAGCGUGAGUCGACUUGGGAUGAAGGCGAGAUGAAUGGCCUCUCGGUAGAGACCCAACUCAAGCUAUCGAAUCGCCGGAGCUGGUUUCUUGAACGUCUUCUCAAGCUUGGCAUCAUUGACGUCAAAAAGGAAUACUCCUGUAGACCAGAUUGCCCAGAUCCCCAGCGGUGUCAACUCCAGCUUGACGAGAAAUGGCGCCAAGCCCAUGCCGCCGUCUCGCGCUAUGGCCCGCCCCAACCCAGCGUGGCAUUCCGAUGUCUGAGGCAAUUGGAGACCUUUCCGACGAAUCCGAGUUUGAGCAUGCCCCAUGCCUUAUGCCAGGGGGCGGCAAAGAGCUGGGUCAUGAGCUUGUUUGACAGGAUGUUCCAAUUAAAGAUUGUAGUAUCCGCCAAUCCUGGCACUGAGAAGUACUGGCUGUGGAUAUCCCUAAACUAG